ACAACAACAGGAACUGCAAACUCUUUAAGAAAAAACAAACGUCGGUACAACUUUAAACCGUUUUUUGAGGCUUCGCACCAUCUCCAGUGAAUUGAAAAUGCCUCGUGGUUAAGGUUGUUUAUUUAUGCAUUCUUAACUAAGUAUGGAGAUGAUGGCUAUUUAUGACAAUAAGCAUUUUUCUUACAUAUGUAUGUAUGUGCAAGUAUGUCUCCGAAUUCAACAUCCGUAAGGAGGCAAUGUCCAUAUGUAAGCAAGCAUUUUAAUCUAAUUUAUGGAGGUGGCGUAGAAGUAGUCAUCUAAUGAGGCUGUUCCAUUAUUCACUGCUGGCAGCCAAAACUAAAAUCGGCUGUCGGUAGCUAUAAAAUAUGAAACGCAUCAACGAAUUAAUUCACACCUUUCAAAUAUUCAUAUUGGAGAAGCUUCGCUGCUGUGCUAGCGUGUGACGAAAACUUUAAAAAGCGUUACACCAAGCAAGUUUAUUUCUAAGAUAAAUUGUGCUUGAAGGAAAGCAGUCGCGUCGCAUCAGAUCUUGAAGCCACAGUUAGUCUAAACGAAUAUACGUACAUACAUACAUACAUAAAUAGUCUAUAUGAUGUGGAAGGCAACAUGUAUUGUCUUGCUUGUCACAUUUUGCGGAUUGGCGUUAGCGCGUCCAACCGAAAUAGAAGACAUUUUCGCUGGGUAUUUAAAAAAUGUUAACCUCUAUAAUCCAGACAAACAAUCGCAGAUAGUCAAGCGUCGAAUAUACGAAGACAAUCCAGAUACGGAAAUAAAAAAAGUUUCACUGCAGUCGCUCAUUGGCGAUUUGGAGUCGAAUUUUUUCCAAUCAGCAUCUAGUGUUGGUGGUUUUUCACAACAAGCACCGGGAGUCCCUGAAGCCACCUCAGCGCAAGUCGAAAGUCAUUUAGUGCUCAAAAGAAAAACGGAAAAUGCCGAGCAAGUUGACAAAAUUGGAACUCAGAAAAGUUCCGAGAACUCUGAGGACACGACUAUUGCCGAUUUAGUAGAAACAACGACAGAGCAGAUAUCCACUAAAGAAACCGGAACCACCCGAAUACAAGUUGAACAUAUUUCGGUGCAGCCACACUUUGGAGAUCUGCCUGUGGUACCAGCUUUUCAGGUGCAUCACACAAAGCUAAUAUCGGCUACAUUUAAGGACACGGACUCCAAGCCAACACAAAUAACUAUCACAAAGACAAAUAUACACGCUGGCCCCGUACAGGGAGAUUCCGAGAAGAUUGAUGAUCACAAAGAGCAGAGCAAAGCCCAGGAAGCGGAAGAUAAGGUCAACGAGCACACCGAGCAUAGCGACGAAUCCAACCAGCCUGCCACCACCGAACAACCAGAAACACUCAUUACAACAACAACUACCAAGAAAUCAGUGUCGGAAUUGAAAGAAACUGAGGCCGAACUUAAAGAGAAGGUGGCAGAAAUUGAAGCGGAACCAGUCAUACUCUCAGCACGAGUGUGAAAGCGCUACCAAGCUAAGCAUGUUUUUUAUUAAGAAAUU